AGUGCACAGUGGACGGUCACAUUCGGUGCGAGCUUGUGCAUUCGUCGUCAAUUUAUUGUAAAGUUUAAUCUUAUUUCAGUCGGUACGAAAUUAAAUUGCAAUCGUGCUAUAAAUUUGAAUUUAAUUCUUUGUGUAUUGUGCUGUUUUAGAAUAGGCUGUUGCCAAAAUCUCAUGCUUACAAGUUUGAGCACGGCAUGGACUGGAGCGCGUGAAACAAAUGCCUGUCAGUGAGCGAGUGCACUUGAUCGAAUUAGGAACGGCUCGGUGAGUUGGCUCUCUCUCACUCACACAGUGAACGGUGGCUCACUUUAUUAACAACAAUCACUCGGGCUGCUGAGGGUUUGUGUGGUUGUGUGUUGAGUUUUCAUCAUCAGCGGACACUAUUUAGAUCGAUAUUAAUCUCUCGGACUGAGGUUCUGAGUGUUGAGUGGAGGAUCACUGUUCACUUCAUUCAAAUUGAUAUUAAUCACUCGGGUUAAGGUUUUGUGUGUUAAGUGUUGAUCAUCGGAGGGUGUUGUAGUGAAGGCAGCUCACUCUGAUAACGAUAACUCGGGCUAAGGUUUUGUGUGUUGGGUAUUGAUCAUUGUAGGAUCUUGCAGUCUCACUUUGACUGAGGCUGAGGUUCUGUGUGUUGGGUAUUGAUCAUCUUUGGAUCUCGCAGUCUCACUUUGACUGAGGCUGAGUUUCUGUGUGUUGGGUGUUGAUAGGCUACUAACAGGUGACACACUCAUGGUGUGUGUAGUGGUGUGACUGCACAGUGAUGUCACAGUCGCAGCGGUGUGACGAGUCGCGCUGCCAACAGCCCCAACUGGCCGACCACGUGGUUUGUCGAUGACCUUUCCUGCGGACCGAGCCGGUCCCCGAUUCGCACACAAGGACUUCCUCGACUACGGAGCCGACAUGCUUUGUCAUUUCUUCUGGGAUGGUUUUGGACCCGAAAACGACCGGCGGCAGCCAUAACGACUACGGUAGCAUCAGCUGUUGCGAGGGGGCCGGCGGAGGUGGGGUGGGGGUGGGGCUGGUUGAGACGGGGGCGGUGGAGGGCGGAGGCAACAGUCUACCACCAUCGGGAGGCGGCGACAUGACACAGAACGACCUCUACCAGCGGCAGCCGCUGCUGCCUCUGGACUCGUGGGCGGCCAAGAACGGGGGCGUCAGUGGCGGUGGAGUGGGGGCGGGGCAGGGUGAGGGGGGUGGUGGAGGCGGUGGCUAUUCGGAGGAGGAGGAGGAUGAGAAGAGUGAUGGCCUGAAGCGAGGCGUGAACGGUGUCGUUCGCAUCGACUUGCCGACGCCGAUGCGUGACGAGCCUCGCUUUCCCAAGGAACAGUUCAAGACUUUUGUUGCAUUUCUGAUCUGCGUUGUGAACUUCAUCAUCACGACACUGUCUCUGGCGCUGGUGCACGAGAAGGUGCCCGAUCGCAACAGCUACGGGCCGCUGCCUGACACCUUCCUCGACAACGUGCCUGUCAUGCCGUGGGCCCUCGACCUGUCAGAGGUGCUUAUCAUGCUCUCCACCACUGUCACCUACGGGGUCAUCAUCUUCCACAGGCACAGGUGGAUCGUGUUGCGGCGAGUGUUUCUCAUGUUAUCGAUACUCUACCUGAUGCGGUCGAUCACAAUGUACGUGACAGUGUUGCCAAUGUCGAGUAGUACAUACUACUGCUCGCCGAAGGCCAACAUCACCAGCAUCUCCAUCAUUGGCAAGAGGGUGUUCCAGCUCAUCUCAGGCUUCGGACUGUCCAUCAACGGCAAACACACCUACUGCGGCGACUACAUCUACAGUGGGCACACUGUUAUCCUUGUCAUUUGUUACCUCAUCAUUUCUGAAUAUUCUCCGAAACGAUGUUACCUGUUACAUUGGGCGUCUGCUCUAACUUCCUUUGUUGGCGUUAUUCUAGUGUUACUAGCUAGGGGUCACUACACCGUCGACGUGUUGAUAGCUUAUUAUGUGACAACCACAAUUUUCUGGAUCUAUCACACGUUAGCCAAUCAUGUUCAAUUGAAGCAUCCGGGUCUAAACAACCACUUGUCGAGGGUUUGGUGGUACAGUCUGUUCCAGUACUUCGAAGCGAACGUGGGUGGGCCUGUACCUCGCCAGUACGACUGGCCUCUGCCCUGGCCUCGGCGCAUGCUUGCCAAGCAUCCCAACAGAGACAGUUAGUACCAACAACAACUGAUGCUGAUUCGUAGAACCUGCUGCAGUCUUCACAAAAUUGUUUCGAGUUUUACAUUGAAUAGUCAGUUCUGGUCAGAAAUGUGAAUUCAUUUGCCAUCGUUAACUAUUUAUAGAAAUUGGACAUUUUUAUCCCUGCUUCAGGGUUGCGUAAUGAUGAUUUACCCUUGUCUACCCUUUUAGAAUAUUGAUAUUAUUUUUGUAUAGGCUCUUGAUAACGUUUUGAGCUCUAGUUUUAUCACAACUUUCCUUUGAUAGGCGUUCUCGAACAAAUAGAAAUGUUUUAAAAGUCAAAUAUUUUGUCCAAGUUCAUCACCUUAUUGUGAUUAGAUUCGAGUAAUGAUAUAUAUACUAUAAAUAUUAUACUGAGCAUUAAUGGAACUGUUGAUGAACAUAUAUAUAUAUUUGAGCUUUGUGAUGUAAUUUUAGCUUGCACAUUAUGUUCAAGAUAUGUGAUGUGCUAUACACUUGAUGUGUAUAUAAUAUAUGUAAUUAUAUAAGAAUAGCUGUUAUAUUAUUUAUUAAUGUGUUGUAAAUAGUGGUUUUUUAUUUUUCUAUAACUAUGUAAUAAUAAUUUGGUUCAAGCUCUUAGUGGUAAGCCAUUGUAUGUUUCUAAGUUAUUGUAUUUGGUCAAGUAUUUAAUUUAUUGGUUUUAUCUCUUUCAGACGAGAUUAUUGAGGAACAUGAAAGUAUUUGAAAUACAUUAUUACAAAAAAUUAAAUUUAAUUAAAAUUCAGUGUUGUUCUCCCAUAACGUACUACUAUAGCAGCAAACUCACAUUGUAAAAGCUUAUCUCAAUACACUUGAAAUUCGUGCUUUUCAUGUCGAAUUGUACUUUUCGCCACACUUCACAGAAAGCAGCUGUUUUCCGGUCCCUACGUAGAUCUGAAAGACAUUGUUUGCAGACGACUCUCGUCUGACGUAAGAAGCAGGUUUCUUUCCAGCUAAGAGUACACUUUCCGGCCGCUAACAUGGAACUAAGAAAGGUAGUGAAAAAAAAGAAAACUUUUUUGAAAAUGUGUUUGGACAACUGUGCCAUAUGGUGCAUUGUGUUCAGGAGGGUGAGAUCGGAAAUUUCCACCCCACUUUGAGUACCCUACUACGUCUGGUUCUUGAGAUAUGAGACAUCAAAGUUUUCCCCCCUCCCCUCAUAAAACAUUCUUAUUCAAUUUAUUAUUCUUAUAUAGCUGAUGCCAAAAAGUUAGGCGGCUUCGUGGGUCACAUGGUGUAACCAACCUACUCACAGCUGAUGCAAUGCAUCUAUUUAUUGUCUCUUUUGAUUUAAAAAUCAUCACCUAAGCCAAGCUAGAUGAUAACACUACUUGACAACAUCAGCUGUUGGAACGCAGAAGAGACCCACGAAACCGCCGAAGUUUAUGGCGUCAGCUAUACAUGUAGUGUGGCGAAAAAUAUCGUACGCGACUCUCUCAGAAAGGUGUUUACGGUAUUCGAAUAACAUAUUCCCGGGCUCGGCAAGCCUCGCCCGGGAAACUAUCCUCAUACCGUAAACACUAACUUUCUGUGCUUGUAGCGUAACAUACUAUAUCAGCUCUCAGUGAAGUCAAAUUAAGUCAUUUCUUGAUUAGUAUUUCAUUUGUUAUAUUUUAUUUUGUAACAUUUACUAAAUUAAAUAGUGAUGAAUUCAAUGAAUAGAAAUCACUGGGUUGUUGUCAAAAUAUCACUUAUUUAUUUAUCAACAACCCAGUGUUUCCAUUAUUGAUAGGUAUAACAAUAUCUCACCAUCAACAGUAUCUGAAAUAGACAUAUAUAAUAAGAUUAAGUCUGUAUUAAUUAUCUUUGUUCUAUCGCUCAUGAUAAAUACGUAUUAAAACUAAUUGAGAUGAUCGUAACUAAAUGUGACACUAAUCUUGAAUCUUGAAGCGACACCAAUAUAUUUUGUGCAUUAAGUGAUCAAGAGAUACAGGUAACCUGCAAAAAUUACAGAUACAGUUUUUAUUGCAAUUCAAGCAAGCAGUAAGUGAAAUUAAAGUGUUCAAAUGUUCGGUCAAUUUCAACACACAGAUAAUAUGUGUAUGGUUCAUUUUCUUAAAUGUUUCCAAGGCAAUUAUUUAUUCAAAUAGGGUAUUUAGGAAACGAAAUGAAUGAUUAUUUUUGAAUUUAUAUGUAGAGAACUCUAUAUUCAUAUUUCCUAUUGCACAACUUCCCGCAAGGGACUUCCCACCAACAAAAGCCAUACGAAUUUACUUUAUUGCACAACUGAACAUAGAAUAAUGUAUGAAUCCUUCUAUUUUUACUUUUUAAAAUUACGAUUUAUGAUUGUUUCAAUCUUGUUAUUGUGUAGCUUAGAACAAUAAACUAGAAGACAACUCCAAGUUGUUCCAUUUUAUAAAUGAGAAUCGAUUAAUUUUAUCAUUAAUUAGUAUUCUUUUGAAUAUUUAUAAAAGUAGUAUAUUGUCGGUGAACGGAAGAUCAGAUGAAGCACAAAUUAGUGAAAUUAAAUAGUAACUGGCCCGACUAAAUUUUAUUCUGACAUAUUUUUUGGUCAUUAGAUUGACCAAUGAUGAGUGGCUACUCGCACAGCCAAUGAAAUGGAAGGAUUUCCACCUAUAUGUUGUCCAUUGGUCUCUAUGGAUAUUUUUCCAAUUGUAAAUCCAUCUACUUCCUAUCCAUGUUAUGAAAUAUUUGAGAAACUAUUUCCAUUAACUCUUCAACUCUUCCUUUUCCAGUGUUGAAUGAUUCACUUCCAAUUCAUGAACUGUGUCAAAAAUGAAAACGCAUUUAUUUAUUGGCUUACUAGAUAUCUUAUUGAACUUUAGAUUAAGAUAUUGUUAAUCUCGUUUUAUUCCUCUAUUUGAAAAUAAUUUUGUAACCAAUAUAUAUAUGAUUCUAGUAUUUACUACUGUAUUUCAACAUGAGACUAAAUUAUUCACCGUUAUUUUAAUGUCUCUAUUACAAGUAUUGUUGAAAAUAUUAUAGUUUUUAAUUCAUUUUUUGUACUUGUGAUAUUUCAUAUAUUUUCGAAAUCAGUUUUUUAGUUUCGAUUCGAGUUUAGCGAAAUUAGAUACUUGGGCUUAGAGCAGGAUGACAAUAAAUGUCACGAGGUACGGUUAUUUGAAAGAAAAUUUCUAUCCGAAAGAUAAAUUUCUUUAUUCGAAAGAUUUUCUUUAGUGAAAUUAGAAAGAAAAUUUCUUUAUCCGAAAGAGUUUCUUUAGCGAAAUUAGAAACUUGGGCUUAGAGCAGGAUGACAAUAAAUGUCACGAGGUACGAUUAUUUUAAAGAAAAUUUCUUUAUAUGUGAUUGCAUCAUUAUCUUGACGUGCCUCAUUGAGAAGAUAAUCUGACAGAUAUGAAACAAUCUCUCACUAUGGAUCACCUCUUGAUUGUCUAUAAUUUACUGUCGACUCCUUCAACAGAAAUCAGUAUAAUAAUUUGCAUAACACUCUAGAGAGUUUCCCUUCAGAAACGUACCAUUUAAACAACAAUUAAUCUGCCACCAUAUCUAUGUCACUUCUCCAAAAUAUCUUGCAAUCGAAAUAAAAAACCUCAUUGAAAAUAAUCAGCUACGUGUAGAGGUCAUCCACUUUGAUCGUAC